AUGUCUUGUCUACUAUGGGACUACGACGACGUCCCACGGUGUGCCCGGACGGAGAUAACUGCGUUGCUUCCGCUUGCCGUGGCCGCCGUGUCUUUGGCUUGGUUGCUUUUGAAAGCCGUUUUUGGCUAUGCUAAACCGGUCCAGUUGGAUGAGACGAGACCGCUUUUGGCGAACCCCGAUGCCUACGGUGCCGUGGAGUCUUCCCAAACAAACAAUGCUCCUGAAGUUUCCUUGCGUGAACGCCACUUUGACAUGAUGCGUUUGCCCAACACCAACGACGACGGAACGCCUCAUGGCCAGUCUGUGGAACAACCCAAGUCCUUGGGCGAUAGGGCCCGUCUUUCCAUGGAAUUCGUGCUUGUGGCCGUGGAGCUCUUCAUGGCGAUCAUCACUUUUUUCGUCAGAGCAUUUUCCAAAGAGUGGAAGGACCAGUUGGUCCAGAUUGCCUUGGUGGCUCACUGGGGCUACGCAUUUGCCUUGGUGGCCGUCAGAAUCGUCAACAUGAAGAAACAGAAGGUCGCCUUGCCCUCCUUGUGGGCACACCUGACCGCAUUGUACCUUUUCCACGUUCUUUCAGCUACUGUUUUCUUCCGUUCUGCCUUGAUCGGCCAUGUCAAGCACAAGGCUGUGGCCUACUACUACGAGGCCGACUUUGCCAUUACCUUGGUGCUUGUGUUCCUCGCCGUGACUUGCAGUGUGGGCGACCAGCCCGCCAGCAUCUACGUGACCUCCGACGGCGCCACUCCUUCUCCGGAAAAUUUGGCGUCGCUUUGGUCCUUUUCGACCUACUCCUGGAUCGACAAGAUGAUCUGGAGAGCCCGCAAGUCCGCCUUGACUAUGGGCGAUAUCUGGGGCUUGAGAGAGGACGACUACGCUUUGCAUGUGCUCAAGGUGUUCGACUCCACGAAGCUGACUGCCAGAUUCACCAUCAAGCUUUUCUCCCACUUCAAGUGGUUGUUUGCUCUCCAGGGCUUCUGGGCCUUGUGUGAGUCUGUGUUGAUUUUCCUCCCCACCAUCUUGUUGAAGAAGGUCUUGGAGUACGUUGAAGAUCCAUCCACCACCACUCGUAGCAUGGCAUGGUGCCUUGUGUUGCUCAUGCCCAUCACCAAAUUGAUUGACUCGCUUUGCUCAGGUUUCUCCUUGUUCAUUGGCAGACGUGUCUGCGUGAGAAUGAGAGCUAUCAUCAUUGGAGAGGUCUACGCCAAGGCCUUGAGAAGAAAGAUCUCCAUCAAGGACGUCAGUGACGACGAGCCUUCCGAAGAACAAAAAUCUGUCGAUUCCGACAAGAAGAAAGACGAAAGCUCUGGAACCUCCGAAUUGGGUGCCAUUAUCAACUUGAUGGCUAUUGAUGCUUUCAAGGUUUCUGAGGUCUGUGGUUACUUGCACUUCUUUGUUGGUGGCACCCUCAUGCUUGUGGUCUGUACUGUGCUCUUGUACAACUUGUUGGGCUGGAGUGCUUUGGCUGGUUCCGCUGCCAUUCUUGUCUUUUUGCCCAUCAACUACAAGCUUUCGUUGUGGACCGGUGAGGCCCAGAAGACCAUGUUGGCCACUACCGAUAAGAGAAUCCAGAAGAUGAACGAGACUUUCUCCAGUAUCAGAAUCAUCAAGUUCUUCGCCUGGGAGAACAACUUCUUUGCCAACAUCAUGAACAUCAGACACGACGAGCUCUACUACCUUAAGUUGAGAUCGAUCUUGUGGGGACUCCAGAGUUUCAACUGGUUUGCCAUCCCAACCAUCAUUACUGUCAUUUCCUUCUACUGCUACACCAUGAUCGAGGGUAAGCCUUUGACUGCGCCAAUUGCUUUCACUGCCUUGUCCUUCUUCACUCUUUUGAGAGCCCCUCUUGAUCAGUUGGCUGACAUGACCGCCAUUGUCAUCCAGUCCAAGGUGUCCCUUGACAGAGUCAGCGACUUUUUGGAGGAAGAUGAAACCUCCAAAUACGAGCAAUUGGGCCAAAAGCGUACCGAGAACUCUCCAAUUAUCGGUUUUGAAGAUGCCUCUUUCUCGUGGAACUCCUCCUCCGACGCUGACUUCAAAUUGAGAAACUUAAAUGUCGCUUUCAAACCAGGUAAAUUGAAUGUUGUCAUUGGACCUACUGGUGCCGGUAAGACCUCCUUGCUCAUGGCCCUUUUGGGUGAAAUGGAGCUCUUGAACGGUAAGGUCUUCUUGCCUGGCAUUAUUCCAAGAGACGAAUUAGUGAUUGACCCAAGUUCUGGUUUCACUGAAUCUGUUGCCUACUGUUCCCAAUCUGCCUGGUUGCUCAACGACACCAUCAGAAACAACAUUAUCUUUUCCCAACCAUACAUUCCUGAGCGUUACGACAGAGUCGUUGAGGCUUGUGGUUUGUCUCGUGAUUUGCAGAUUCUUCCUGCUGGAGACAAGACGGAAAUUGGCGAGAAGGGUAUUGCCUUGUCUGGUGGCCAGAAACAGCGUAUCUCUUUGGCCAGAGCCUUAUACUCCAACUCUAGACACAUCUUGUUGGAUGACUGUUUGUCGGCUGUGGAUUCCCACACCGCUCUCUGGAUUUACGAGAACUGUAUUUCCGGUCCUUUGAUGUUGAACAGAACAUGCAUUUUGAUUUCCCACAACGUCGCCUUGACUGUGCAAAAGGCCGAUUGGGUUGUUGUCAUGGAAGACGGUAAGGUCAAGGUUCAGGGUAGCGCCGAUGAAUUAUUGGACGGUGGCCAUCUUGGUGACGACGAAUUGGUUAAGUCAUCUGUCAUGAACUCUCGUAACCAGUCCAGCACCAACUUGCAAUCCUUGGACUCCAAGAACUCCGAGAUGAAGUCGAAGGCUGCUAUCAUCGAAAGCAAGUUGAAGAACUUGGCUGGAGACGAAGAGCAACAACCAGAGGCUGUUCGUACUGACGGUAAGUUGAUCGAGGAGGAAGAAAAGGCUGAAGGUGUUGUGGGUCUUGACGUUUACGCUGGGUACAUCAAGGAAUUCGGUGGCUGGCCAACCUGGUCCAUCAUUAUCUUCACUUAUGGCUUCACUCAGCUUGUUUACAUUGGUCAGUCUUGGUGGUUGAAGAAGUGGGCUCUGGACACUCCUGAAACGAUUGCCAAGGUCAUGAACGUUGUUGGUAUCACCAGCGAGUCUAUGCCUGGUGUGGUCAAGAGUGUUAUCAACAACACCAACUUGGCCAUCGCUUCGCUUUCUUCUGCUUAUACCCAGGCUUCUGACGCUGUUACCGUUUUCAAAGUCAACCAUCCUGUUCAGUACUACAUUAUCUGGUACGCUUUGAUCGGUUUGGGUUACUCUGUCUUGGCUACCAUUCGUGUGUUUGUGUCCUUCUUCGCUGGUAUCAGAGCCUCGAACAGAAUCUUCAAGCGUGUGUUGACGAGAAUCUUGAGCGCCAAGUUGGGCUUCUUUGACAAGACGCCUCUUGGUCGUAUUAUGAACAGAUUCUCCAAGGACAUUGAAGCCGUUGACCAGGAGUUGACGCCAUUUGGUGAGGCUACCUUCGCUUGUCUCGUUUCGUGUGUUUCCAUCUUCAUCCUCAUCACUGUCAUCACUCCAGGUUUCUUGUUCUUUGCAGUCAUCAUUUCCUACUUGUACUACUUGGUUGGUUCGUUCUACAUCACGCUUUCGAGAGAGUUGAAGAGAUUUGAUUCGAUCACCAAGUCGCCAAUUCACCAGCACUUUUCCGAGUCUUUGACCGGUGUUGCUACAAUCAGAGCCUACGGUGUCGAGUCUCGUUUCAUGAGACAGAACUUGGCUGCCAUUGACGAGAACAACAGACCUUUCUUCUACAUGUGGGUCGCCAACAGAUGGUUGUCCUUGCGUGUUGAUGCCGUUGGUUCGCUUGUGAUGUUGUUUGCUGGUGUUUUCGUCAUUUUGUCUAUCGGCAGAAUCGAUGCCGGUUUGGCUGGUUUGUCUUUGUCCUAUGCCAUCUCCUUCUCCGAAAAUGCCUUGUGGAUCGUUCGUCUUUAUGCAAACGUGGAGAUGAACAUGAAUUCCGUUGAGCGUUUGCAAGAGUUCAUGAAGGUGGACCAGGAACCUCCAAGUGAGAUUCCUGAGACCGAGCCUAAGCCAGACUGGCCUAGCAGAGGUGAGAUCGAGGUCAAGGAUGUCUCUUUGAGAUAUGCUCCUCACUUGCCUAGAGUCAUCAAGAACGUCACCUUCCAUGUCGAGCCAUCCAACAAGAUUGGUGUCGUGGGCCGCACAGGAGCUGGUAAGUCGACAAUUAUCACAGCAUUCUUCAGGUUCUUGGACCCGGAGACCGGCUACAUCAAGAUCGAUGAUGUGGACAUUUGCAGCAUUGGCUUGCGUAAUUUGAGACAGGCCAUCACUAUCAUUCCGCAGGACCCUACCCUUUUCACGGGUACCAUUCGCUCCAACUUGGAUCCAUUUGACCAGUACACUGACGAGCAGAUUUUCGAGGCCUUGAAGAGAGUCAACUUGAUUGGCCGUGAAGAAAGAGCCAGGGAUGUGGACAGUUCUCAGGAGAACAAGAACAAGUUCUUGGACUUGACCAAUGCCGUUUCCGAAGGUGGAAGCAACUUGUCCCAGGGUCAAAGACAGUUGAUGUGUCUUGCUAGAUCUUUGUUGAAGAGUCCAAAGGUGAUUCUUUUGGACGAGGCAACGGCUUCCAUCGACUACCAGUCGGAUGCUAUGAUUCAGCAGACCAUCAGAGAGGAGUUCGCUGGCUCGACCAUUCUCACCAUUGCACACAGAUUGAGAUCGAUCAUAGACUACGAUAAAAUUUUGGUGAUGGAUGCCGGUAAGGUUGUUGAAUAUGACGACCCAUACGCCUUGAUCGCCAAUAAGGAGACCUUGUUCUACAGCAUGUGUGAGAACAGUGGAGAGCUCGAUGUUCUCACGAAACUCGCCAAGGAGUCUUUCGUCAGCAGAAAGAACAAGAAGUGA